UUUCCAAUACAUGACCUCACUUUCCCAGAGACUUCUGUGGAGCGAGGACCACGCUUUUGAAAGAGGCGCACCUCAAACUGACUACAUUCCUAGCCCCUUUCUCAAGUCUUUUAAACCCACUUAUAAAUUAGUAUAAUUCAAGGGAUUCAGGUACUUGGUCUCGAAUUCGAUUCAAAAGAGGAAACUAUUGGAAUCCCACUUCCAAGAUUGGAUUUUAAGACCAAAAUUCAUCUGGGUUUUUCUUCUUAGGUCGUAUUGUCGAGUGGGUCCAUUUCACAAAAGUGGAAUUCCGUAGAAGAAGGUUGAUUUUUGGGACCAAAAUUGAAGUGGGUUUGUCUUCUUAGUGCUAUAAUUGAAGGGGGUCUGUUCAAAAGUGAAAGUUUCAUCGAGAAAAGUUGAUUUUGUUGGUUUAUUUUUUAUCCGUUUUUCUGUAGUCGGGAUUAUGGUGAAAUCUUUGGAGAAUGGCUCAUCAGUGGCUCCAUUUUUGUUGAAAAUUUAUGAGAUGGUGAGCGAUGAAUCAACCGAUGAGUUGAUUUCGUGGAGUCAAACACAUAGCAAUAGCUUUAUCAUAUGGGAUGUCUCUAGGUUCUCUUCUGAAUUGCUUCCAAAGCACUUCAAGCACAGCAAUUUUUCCAGCUUCGUUCGCCAACUGAACAUAUAUGGUUUCCAUAAAUCUGAUACUGAUCGCUGGGAGUUCUCAAAUGAUGAGUUUGUUAAAGGCCAAAGGCAUCUACUGAAGAAUAUCGUUAGAAGAAAGCAGACUCCAGCACAAGCGCAGAGGAAAUCUUCCCAGCAGAAGGAUGCUGAUCCAGGUGCAUCUGAAGAAGAUAGGAGAACUGCACUGAGGAAGGAAGUUGAAACUCUGAAGAUUGAUAAGAAUACACUCAUGCAAGAACUGAUAAAGCUGAAGCAACACCAGCACGAGCAGACCUCACAGAGUAAGCUGGUACUUGUAAGAGAUCAAUUAAAAGGUAUGGAGAAGAAUCAACAACAAAUGCUCUCAUUUAUAGUGAUGGUCAUGCAAAACCCUGGAUUUUUCAUCCAGUUGCUGCAACCAAAAGAGAACAAUUGGCGCGCAGCUGAAACUGGUAAGCACAAAUUUAGUACAGUUGAUGAUGAUUGUGAACCUUUAUCUUCUGAUGGAGCAAUCAUAAGGUAUCAGCUUCCUGCAAAUGAGCCUUCAGAGCCUCCCUGCAUCGCCCCAAGUUCUAGUUCAGAAAAACCAGUGGAGCUCGAUCUUUCUGAUGAAAUAAGAGAUCUCCUCUUGAGUGUGGAUUUCACACCAUUACCGUUGGAUGAGAAGAUGCUUUCUCUGGAAAACCAUGGACCUCUUGUUCUUCCGGAUUCACCUGGUGGUGACUUUCUGAUGGACCAACUCCUUUUAUCAUGUCCACUUGCAGAGUCUAAAGACACUGAUGAGCCUGAUUCUGAAGUUUAUCUAGAUACUGGAAUGGACAUAGAGUCAGCAUUCCAGGCACAGGAAUCUAAUAAACUCAAAAGUCCGAAGGAUGGAUCGAAUCAGAAUAGAUGGGUUGAUACAACAGGAAUACGCAAUCAACUGGAUAACCUUGAAAGCUUGGACUUUUUGACUGUGUAAAUGGGCUCUCUGAAUUCCUGAAGCCCGCUGCAAAUGUUAUUAUUCGCUAUAUGCUAAUGCUGUAUAAAUCAAUUGAGAUUUACGGCUAAUUUUGCUUUUCCUUUUCUUAAUACCACAUAAGAUUCUGGUUUAUCAUCCUUUAUUGCUGGGUAUUGUCAAAGAAAAAUUAAGUGUGUUUUGUUAAA